CAUCUGUAACUUCCUGUUUCUCAAGUCAGGAAAGAUUUUGCGCAUUUUUUGAGGAUGACAGAAGAAAUCGGACAAAACUGGUGUAAUUCACAUUUCUCACAGUACAGCAGUAUGAACUCCGGAACACUAUUCAAAUAGUUCUGCUUAAAACACAGGAUAAAGUCGAGCAAUCACAAUGGCGGACCCUCAUAAGCACAUCACACAGACAUCAAGCCCAGAUGAUCAACCAAGUGACCCUACAAAUGAGAGACUCAAGAACAUUUGGAAAGGUCAACACUUUGUAGGGGAAUCUAGAGUAAAGACCCUCGGACCAGGACGGCAAAUUUGGACAUCUGGAAAAGUUUAUGAUCCCUCAAUAUUUAAAGGGACUCCACUCAGCCAGGUUGGGAUGACAGGAUCUCAGGAGAUUAUACGUCAAUAUAAGCUGUCAAUCAGACAGAAGUAUGAGAGUGAGUGGAGCUCACUGUCUGGUGAACGAAAGCCAUUGUCUGCCCUGUAUAAUGAACCAGUGAUCAUUCAGAAAAAUGAAAAUGGCAGCUUUAAGAACAUCAGUGUGGACAGAUUGUUGAUGUCAUAUGGUACAAUGCCUGUCAUUCUCCAAGGCGACUCUGGCAGUGGCAAAUCCAUCAUAGCACAGAAGAUCAUGUUUGACUGGGCAUCUGAAACUUCUAGACAUUUUUAUCUAGUUUUCUAUCUGAGAUGUGAAGAGCUGAUGUGUGUUUCUGAGGAGAUUAAUUUAAUUGAGCUCUUGAGCUACAGCUGUAGUUUAACAUCAGAUCAGAUCACACAGAUGUUACAACAUUCACCAGAGAUGGUGCUUUUCAUCAUUGAUGGAUUUGAUAAACUGAGACUUACACAGGCCAUUUAUAACAUGUCAGCAAACACUGAUCCACUUCAGAAAGCCUCACCUGAGGUUAUUCUUUGUGGCCUUGUGAGGAGAUAUCUCAUCCCUGGAUCCAAACUGCUGGUCACCACCAGAACUAGGAACACAUUGAACAAGCUGCAGAAAGGUAAACCACGUUUCACUGAAAUCAUGGGUUUCACUGAAAUCAUGGGUUUCUCUGAGAAGAAGGUGGAGAUGUACUUCCAGAAGUUCUUCAGCAAAGAGUAUGACUGUGUGAGAGCAAAUAAAGCCCUCCUCACUGCCUGCUCCAUUCCUGUUAUCUGCUGGAUCAUCAGUGAGAUGUUCAGAAUUGGUGCAGAUGUAACAAGCGGACUGGAAACCAUCACCUCCAUCUACGUUGACUUUGUGUCCACUCUACUAGAGCAUCACUGCCAGGGUUUGAGUCAGUCUGUCUCAACCUUGCUACAGAGUCUGGGUCAGCUGGCAGAGAGAGGGAUGCUGGAACAACAAGUGCUGUUUGAUGAGAAAAGUGUGAAUGAAACUGUUUCAGACCCUGCUGGCAACCCAUUUCUGUGCAGGUUCCUCUCUAAGAGAAGAAUCCGUCAGGAGACAAUGUUCACUUUCAUGCAUCACAGCCUUCAGGAGUUCUUCACCGCUCUGUACUAUGUUCUUCUGGAUGAAGAAGAGACUCAGAGGAAAGUGAGGGAGCUGCUUCACACUGUAGAGAGAGGAUGGGCUUUGUCCUGUUGGUCUGAUAGAGACUUUUCAAUGGCAGAUGUAGAGGUAAUGCAUGCAAAACAGCUGCAGCCUGUGAUUCUGUUUCUUUGUGGUUUCUGUGAGAAAGAAUGGAUCCCAUCAUUCACUGAAAAGCACAACAUGGCUGUCUCUGUCAACAUAGAAACUCAGCUUAAGGAAUGGAUCAAUCGGUAUUCACAGAGAUAUCAAAAUGAACACAUGCUGUUCAUUCUCCAUUGUCUCUAUGAGCUUCAUGAGAAGAGCUUCAUUAGAAAAGUUUUGGAAGGUUUGGUUUUGAUAGAUCUGUCGAAUACACCACUGAAAAUGGCAGAUUGUUGGGUGUUGAAGUACUGUUUACAGUGCUGUGAACACAUCAGAAACCUGAAACUCCUUGUAACAUCUGAUAAUCUGAAGAUGCUCCAGCCAGAACUGUCCCGCUGUAAAGAGCUGUGGUUGAUGAUGGAUCACAUUUCAGAUGAUGUUGUUGGUUUGGUCUCAGCUGCUGCUGAAGGAAAGAUUUUGAAUAACCUCAAUAUAAAGAAGCUUGACAACCAUGGAAUAUUAAGGAGAUUGCACCCAGAGAUCUCUGUGUCAGUCAGAAAUGGAGACAUCACGUUGUCUUUUUGCACAUCAGUGUUCACAUCAUCAGUCACAGAAUUAACUGUAACCUCUCCGCGCUCAAUUAUCUCCACCAUCGACUGGGUGAAAUCACAGAGCGAGCAGCUGUUGCACAGUUAUGAAUAUUUAAGUUCUGGGCAACAUUCUGUUGAACUGUUGACGUUCCUGAAAUCAGUGUCUGGUUUGAAGAAAGUCUAUCUGCAGGAUUCACUUCUGACUGAAACAUUUGCCUCUGAAAUCCUGCCCUUCAUUCAGGCCUGUCCCAGCUUGAAUGAUCUCAGUAUAAAUGUCAGCAAUCAGAUCAUGUUGGAGGACAUCCAGUCCAUGAAGACUUCAUUGGAGAAGAUGGGUUGGACUCUGACCGUCUGGGGGAAAUUAGUGUUGAUCAAGCCACGCAUGGAGAGAUUUACAGAAGAGAAGCUGAAGACAAAGCGGGAAAAGAUAGGAGAGAGCUCAGAUUCUGUGUCAAAAGCUGAAUCAACAGCAUACUCUUUCUCAAAAGAUGUAGAAGUAUUCACACCAGAAUUGAGUGGGGAUGAAGACAAUACAAUGAGGUUUGUGUGUCCACAUGCUGGUCAGUUUCGUUGCAGUCUGACCAGUCUUGUGUUUGUGAUGGAGGGUGAAGGAGAGGUGCUGUAUAGAAUUGUUUCAUGGGAUCCUCGUCUGUUAGAUGGUUUGGGUCAGAUGCAGCCUGCAGGACCCUUGUACAACAUUGACUGUGCUGCAAAAUCAGUCUCACAACUGCACCUUCCUCACUGUGUGAUAUUCUCUGAGGAAAAUAAGGACGGUUUGGCUGUAGCACAUUUCACUGGUGAUAAUAUAGAAAUGAUCCAGCCACUCAAAGUGACAGAAACUUAUGUGAUGAUUGACAUUAGAGACCUCAGUUGUUUUGGACUCUGGAUUAAAACAAAACUUGGCUUACACAUUGAUGGCCAGGUUUUGCUCUUUCUUCGACCUGUAACUGUUGAACAGAAACAGAAAAUACUUAAUGUCCACUUGCUUCCAGGGAAUGUUCCAGUAUCAGAGGUCCAGCGUUCUCACCACAAUAAAUCAUACAUAGAGACAAGUUCAAAAUGUCGUCUUUUUACUGACAGAGAAUACAGUCUGUGUUGUCAGCCAGAGGACUGUGAAGUGCAACCAAUGAGUGAGAUGUUUCAGCUUGAUAAUUUUGGCCCAAACUAUCAUCCCACAUUUGAAGUAUUUCUGGAUGUCGACAUUGGGGAGGUCAGACUGGGUGUUUUGGACAAAACUGAAAAUGGGAAAGAAGUAUGGCACAGACGGCGAAUCCUUCUUACAGCACCAAGUAAAGGUGUAGAACCUCCUCCGCACAGAAGGAUCCCAGAAAGUGAAUUUGUGAACACACACAAAGAUAAACUUAUUGAUAGAGUUUCAUCAGCGAUGGAAAUUGCUGACAGUCUGAACAGCAAUAAAAUGAUUACUCUUGAAGUGUGGAAGGAGAUUCUUGCUGCAGAAACACGACAGAAAAAAAUGAGACUCUUGUUGGAUGCUCUUGAGUCUGGAGGAGAUGAUGCAAAAGUAGAAUUCUGCAGACUGCUGAAGGAGAAAGAACCUCAUCUAGUAAAUGAUCUGGCACCUCACUUAUAAAACAUGCAUACAUUUUUGGUCUUAGAGCGUAUACACGCUAAACAUCAACGUUCAGAUUUGUAAAAACCAUCUUUGACGUGGAAAAGAGCCAUAUCAGAUUCUAAGCAGACGUCUAUGUACUUUUGAGUGUCGGAGUCCUGCAGGUAUUUGGAAGUACAAGCAAAUCUUAAUGUUCACCAUUCUCUAGUAAAGGAUUUGGAUAUUGACUGGCAAUGUGUCAUAAAUUUGAAAUUCCUUUAUUUAUGUUCUAAUGUUUUAAUUUGACUGUUUACUAUAUACUUAUACUAUAUAGCCAGAUUAAAAUUAAAUUGUAAUUCCCAUAUUUUCUUUUUGGUCCCCAUCGUAUAUAUGCAUGUUGAUUGUGUCAAUGUAUUUUUUUUUUUUUUUUUUUAUAUGAGGUAUGUAGUGUUUGAUGUUGUUACUGUAUGACGAUAUGAGUCACUAUGAAAGAUGUUUUUAUUUUAUAAUACUGUGGAAAAAUAACCACAUACAAUUAAAAAAAAAAAAACUAAAAUUUGCUGUGGGGAAAAAGCACAUCAUAUUUUUCUUUUGUAGUUUACAUUUUAGCAGAUGAAUAAAACAAACAAAA